AUGCCUACCGGGACGAAUGUGGCGAUGAAGGUAUAUGAUAAAAUAAAGCUAUUGGACCCACAGAAACGGAAGGGUGUUAAGCGGGAAAUCAAGCUGCUGGAGCGGAUGUCGCAUCCCAACAUUAUUCAUUUCCACGAUGCUUUGGACUCUACUCGGCAAAUCUUCAUCGUCACCGAAUAUGCUGGUGGCGGUUCCCUGCAUGCUCUGCUGAAGCGAAAACCUGGUCGACGACUUGAUGAGGCCACUGCUGGGAAAAUAUUCUUGCAGGUCGCACAGGGUGUCAAAUACAUGCAUGAUAGAUGCAUUGUUCACAGAGACUUGAAACUCGAGAACAUACUCAUUGUUGGCAAUACUUAUGAGUCCUUCGGUGGCCCGGCAGCGUUAGCAUUUGGCCGUGGGAAGUCCUCAACGUCCCGACCAGGAGUCGACACAAGAGGUCUCAUCACGAAGCCGAAACAUUCGCCUUUCCACCCACAAGUUCAAACCAAUGGAAAGCUCCCGAGCUCUGACUGCACCUACCACGUUUCCGGUCCCCAGAUCAAGAUCAUAGAUUUCGGUUUUAGUACAAUCGUUCCGCCGGGAAAGAAAAUAAAAGUUUUUUGUGGAACUCCGUCGUAUAUGGCGCCCGAGAUAGUGCAGAAGCGAGAAUUUCACGGGAGUUGCGCGGACAUCUGGGCUCUGGGCAUCCUUCUUCACACGUUCCUGGCUGGGUGUUUUCCCUUCAAGGGGUCCACUGACAAGGAGUUAUAUAGGAAGAUUGCUAGAGGAGUGUUCGAUGUGCCAAGCCACAUUUCCCACAAAGCCCAAUCGCUCAUUUGCCGGCUACUGCGGAGAGACGCUGAUAAGCGACCGGCCAUUCACGAUGUCGUACAUGCAGAUUGGCUUCAGCAUCUCCUCACCGAUGAUCUCGAUCCUGAAGAGAGCAGCAGUUUGCUCUGUACCAGCGGCGGUGUUGAAACUAAUGCAUCGACUACUUGCGCCACUGGCGGCGGAUUCGGAAGCUUCACCACCACAUGGACUCCUACGCGGAAAAAAACCACGAGCGAAGAGCGAAAGGCGUUUCGAGGCAUGA